UUCUUAUCAAGUAGGUUGUAUACAGAGUAGACUGUCAACAUCAUGGUGGAUAUAUCAUCUUUUUUUUAAAACUCUUAAUAUUAUGUCGUGUGUUUACAUAUAAAUAAAGUUUAAAUUGCAUAAAGUGUGUGAUUAAAGAUUUUAUACCUGACGUUUUAGGUUUAAGGCUAGGAGCUCCGACCAAGGGUUUCGUAGCCGUAUAUCAGUAAGUCUUUUUUUUAGUGAGGAACCACCCAGAAUUGAAACUAAAAUGGACAAUUAUAUCCAGACAACCAAGAUAAAAAUAGAGGACGAAAAUAAACAGUCUAUAGAGCAGUUUACCAAAGACUCUGAGAAAACAACCGAUGUAGAUGCGUCUAAUGACAUAAGUACGUGCAACAAAACCACAGUUAAGGUCGAAGUGGAUAUUUUGGGUGGUAAUCGUUUUGAGUCUGUAUUUGAAUAUGAAGAAAAUGAUCUUUCUGGUAAGCCAACGACAAAUGACGAUUUGGACGAAAUAUGUACAUUUGUCUGUGACAUAUGUAAAAUGUCAUUCGCGAGCAAAAAGAAAGUGACACGACACAUUACUCAGACCCAUGAUGAUCACUUGACAACCUGGAACAGCAUUAGAAAACAAGAUGUCAAUAAUAAACUCAGUGACAUAAGUACGUGCAACAAAACCAUAUUUAAGGUCGAAGUGGACAUUUUGGGUGGUAAUCGUUUUGAGUCUGUAUUUGAAUAUGAAGAAAAUGAUCUUUCUGGUACGCCAACGAUAAAUGACGAUUUGGACGAAAUAUGUACAUUUGUCUGUGACAUAUGUAAAAUGUCAUUCGCUAGCAAAAAGAAAGUGACACGACACAUUACUCUGGCGCAUAGUGAUCACUCGACAUCCCGGAAUAGCAUUAGAAAACAAGUUAUCAAAAACAAAUCCAGUGUUAAUGGUACAAGUAAUGAAGCGAAUAAAAAAAUAGAAGGUUCUUCUACAAAAUCCAGCCUCAGAAAACAUCAACGAGCACACAAUGGUGAAAAGUCCUACAAUUGUGUAGUUUGCUUAAAGUCAUUUUCUAAUAAAUCGAGUUUCGCAACACAUGAACGGGUACACACUGGUGAAAAGCCCUACAAUUGUGCAGUGUGCUUAAAGUCAUUUACUCAAAAAGAGCACCUCACAACACAUCAACGCAUACACACUGGUGAGAAGCCCUACAAUUGUGCAGUGUGCUUAAAGUCAUUUACUCAAAAAGAGCACCUCACAACACAUCAACGCAUACACACUGGUGAGAAGCCCUACAAUUGUGCAGUGUGCUUAAAGUCAUUUAUUCGAAAAGAGCACCUCACAACACAUCAACGCAUACACACUGGUGAGAAGCCCUACAAUUGUGCAGUGUGCUUAAAGUCAUUUAUUCGAAAAGAGCACCUCACAACACAUCAACGCAUACACACUGGUGAGAAGCCCUACAAUUGUGCAGUGUGCUUAAAGUCAUUUACUCGAAAAUGUGAUCUGACAAUACAUGAACGCGUGCAUACAGGUGAAAAGCCCUACAAUUGUGCAGUGUGCUUAAAGUCAUUUAUUCGAAAAGAGCACCUCACAACACAUCAACGUAUACACACUGGUGAAAAGCCCUACAAUUGUGAUGUAUGCCUAAAGUCAUUUUCUGAUAAAUCGAGCCUCACAAAACAUGAACGCGUGCACACUGGUGAAAAGCCCUACAAUUGUGAUGUAUGCCUAAAGUCAUUUUCUGAUAAAUCGAGCCUCACAAAACAUGAACGCGUGCACACUGGUGAAAAGCCCUACAAUUGUGCAGUUUGCUUAAAGUCAUUUUCUAAUAGAUCGAGCCUAAUAAAACAUGAACGCGUGCACACUGGUGAAAAGCCGUACAAAUGUGCCAUUUGUUUAAAAUCAUUUUCUCAAAAUGCACACCUCACAAUACACAAACGCUUGCACACUGGUGAGAAGCCCUACAAAUGUGAUGUAUGCCUAAAGUUAUUUUCUGCUAAAUCGACCCUCACAAUACAUGAACGCGUUCACUCUGGGGAAAAGCCUUACAAAUGAGAUGUUCUGCUCAAGAUCUUUUUCUCAACACUUGAACUUCACAACACACAAACGCGUGCAUGCUGGCGAAAAUCACUACAAGUGACAAUAUCUAAGACUCAAUUAUAUUCGUAAAAUUCAAUUGGGUUAUUAUAUUCUAUAAACAAUUACAAUUUUUUUUAUAAGGCCUAUAUAAAAUGUAUUUUUAUAUGUUAUAAAUUAACUAAAUAAGUAAUGCGUAUUAUUAUUUGUAAUAAUUUUAUUUGUAUGUCAGGU